AUGUCAAUGUCUGAAGCGUCAGAGCCUCAAGCGGGUUGGCGAAUUCCUCGCGCAUGUCAAGAGUGUCGCAAACGUAAGAUCAAAUGCAGUGGUCUGAACCCAUGCACAACCUGCCAACUGCGCAACACCCCUUGUAUAUACCGCGAUUAUAUUCGCCAUCGGCGAAAGAAGACGGAGUAUGAAAAAAGCCGCUCGCGAAGUCCCGUUCGUCGGGCUUCCCCCAGUGGUUUACCACCAGGGCCCCGUGCUUCAGCAAUGAAUGACUUCCCUAAAAGCGUGUCUGCUACACAUAUGGCGUCGCCAUCAUGCCAAAUGCAGCUUUACUAUGGCCCAUCGUCGCAUUUCUCAUUGAUGCAGCACAUUUAUCGUGAUCUUAUCUCGAACCCAACUGCGCCGCCAGAACCCUCUGGCGGCGUCGAGGAAGCUGGAGCUGGGUUGGACCUAUUCAGCUUCCGGCGUAUCUUCUUUGGUACCCCGGACCCACUUGAUGGUAACAGACCCCCAGGGAUGGGGGAUAUCUCUAUGAUGUUCCUUCCGUAUGAUUUGGCAAAGCUAUUCAUGUCACGAUAUCUCUCGGGCCUUUACCACAUGUUGCCACAUCGCCCUAAAGCAUACUAUGAACAAUGCUUAGAGCGGAUGUACAAUCCAUGUGCCACGGAAAGUCUGGACCCCUUUUCUCAGGCUAUCAUCCUUAUCGCCAUGGCGUGUGCCGCAAUUGGCACUGAUCACUUUGCCUGGGGUGAUGUGCUUUUUGAACGCGUCAAGGCUUCUAUGGUCAUUUUUGACGAUGUGGUAAAUCUUCAGCUUAUUCAGAUCUCCCUACUCAUGAUAAGUCGCCCCAACUCUGCGUUCUUACAUUUAGGCUCUGCGUCUCGGAAGGCACUAUCAGCGGGAUUACACAAGGAUGUUCCUCAUGGCGCUGAGAAAACUCCAGAGAGUAUUGAGGAGCGACGAGUGACAUUUUGGUCUCUUUACAUCUAUGAGACCUGGUUCUGUUUCCAUACAGGUCGCCCAAGCUCACUGUCGCUAAAGGACGUUGCAAUUGAGCAUGCACAAGAUCCUUUCCUUCGAUUGCUGGUCGAACUCUGCAAAACUAUUACCCGCUCAACCGAAGAAAUUUACGGUCAACGACAUGAGUCCUUGCUGCACAUGUGGAGGGUGGCCAGGUCGAUUGCUCAUGAUCUACGGGGCCAUGAAUCUCUACUAAAACAAUCCCUCGGCUUUGGACUGGAUGCUGGAAUCCAGGAAGGAUCCCUCGGUGUUCAACAAACAAUUUUUACGACAUUAUUUAACCAUACCUUUCUACUCACUUUCCGCCCGUUCCUCAUAUUCCGUGGUCACUGGCGACGGAAUAAAAAGGCCGCACCCAACAACAAUAGUACUGAAAGCAAAGACCAGCAAGCGGAGACUCCAUCAUGGCUAAACGAGGCUUGUAGCUAUGCCAUAACGGCUGCUCAAAAAACAUUGCAGCAUCUUUGUGAAGCAUCGAGAGAGAACGACCUGGUCCGGCAAUUGCGGUAUCAUGGGUACUUUCUAGGAAGUUCCUCAUUCACGCUCAUCUAUGAAUUUCUUCAUGAUGCGAGCCUCGCUCCUGUAUAUCUGCCAUGGGUUUAUGCCUCUUUACAAACCUUGUCUAUCAUGCGAGCUGGUGACCCGAUUGCAAGCUCGAUUUCGGCUAUCCAGACCGUUUUACGCAGAAUGAACCCAUCAUAUGAAUGGCCACCGUAUACAUCCUCUAGCGGAAGGCAGCCACGGCCCUCAGAACCCGCAGCUAUGGGACAGCCCGCGGUUCCUAAUACAGCGCAAAGACCACUUCCCAACGACCUCACGAUUCCUCAUGACCCUUCCAUGAUAAUACGACCUGGUGCGUCAGCCUCUCCUUGGAAUCUGCCGCAAUUCGAAACCAUGGGUAUGCCAGAUACUGGGGGCUCGGUUGGCUCUAGCGAAGACUUGCUUGAUUUCACGCAAUCCGACAUGGGCUGGGACUUCGACUUCUCCACAAUGGAUCUCGAGGCAUUUUUGUCGGUUUACCCAUCCGAAGACGCUUUAUUCUAA